GUAACAAGGUGAAAAUGACUACAAAGUUGCAAAGCUGUGUUUACAAUUAAUCACCGACGGGACAUCGGCCACUGACAGAUCUACGUAGACAACAAAAACCCGCAUAAGAGGGCGUUUCGCACAGGAACCAAAGGUCGUUGGAUAGUUGACCAUAACCUAGUUUAAGCGGGUAUUCCUGAUCCAGGUGUAUUGUUGUUCCUCGUUUCCCGUGCACGCGCUGGUAGCUGAUGUCAUUUAACAGGUGCGCGAGACCCAAUUUAACAACAGAGUCGCUCCAGAUAACAAGGGAUUACAAACGGAUGUGAGUGUUUUUUUUUUUACUUUUUCCAACGGUGUUUCAUUCAUCAACCGGUACUACGCAGAGAUUUAAGGCUAUUAUUAUUUGAGGUUCCUGGAUAAAGUAGGUUAUCCGGUCUUGGAUGAUAUAGCUUCUUAUUUCCAGAGUUUGUUGGGAUCAUUUAAAGCUCUAGUCUGAAGAAAAAAAUUGGGCGACACUCUGUAUAGUAUUUGGCGAAGAGCCCUUUUCUACCUUCAGUAUCGUGAAGCUGCGGUAAAAUCUGCCUUCGCUUGAGCUGUUGUUGCCUUACACGGACUACCUGAAUUUAAAUGAAUUUACAUGAAUUUAGACUCAAAACAGGAGUAAUUGUGAACCGAGUGAUGCAGCCUAUGACAUUUUGAAUCCCUUAAACCUUUUCGAGCAAGAAAUGGGAAUCAAACCGCUGUGCGUUACUACGGACUAAACGCGUGCCACACAAGGAAAUACAAGGAAAUAACCUUCUUUCUCGAAAAAGACUCAUUCACGUGAAGGAUUAACCAUGUCCAAGACCUUGAAAAAGAAGAAACAUUGGUCAGGUAAAGUGCAGGAAUGCGCCGUUUCGUGGGGUAACGCAGGGGAGUUCAGCUCCGUGCUGGAGAUACGCGGGGGAGCCGAGCACGGAGAGUUCCCGCACCUGGGACAGGUGUCGUCGGACGCGUUAGUGUGCCAUGUCGGCAGACUGCCCGGUCCCGGAGAUGUGCUACUGGAGGUAAACGGCACGCCUGUGAGCGGACUGACAAACCGAGACACCCUCGCCGUCAUCCGCCACUUUCGUGAGCCCAUCCGUCUGAAGACUGUGAAACCAGGUAAGGUGUUGAACACAGAUCUGCGUCACUACCUCAGCCUGCAGUUCCAGAAAGGCUCUUUAGACCACAAGCUCCAGCAAGUGAUCAGAGAUAACCUGUACCUGCGCACUAUUCCCUGUACUACGAGGCAGCCUCGAGAAGGUGAGGUUCCGGGAGUGGACUAUAAUUUCAUCAAUGUGGGGGAGUUUCGUGUGCUUGAGGAGAGCGGACUGCUGCUGGAGAGUGGAACCUAUGAUGGUAACUACUAUGGCACCCCAAAACCCCCAGCAGAGCCCAGUCCAGUGCAGCCAGACCUGGUUGACCAGGUUCUAUUUGACGAGGAGUUUGACGCAGAGGUACAGCGCAAACGCACAACAUCUGUCAGCAAAAUGGAUAGAAAGGACAGUGCAGCACCUGAAGAAGAGGAUGAGGAAGAGAGGCCAGCCAUGGUCAACGGGCUCACAGAGCACAAGGAGGGACCGGACUGGAGGAGGACUGUGCCAAGCUACACACAGUCCAGCAGCAACAUGGACUUUCGCACCUGGAACACGCUGCCACGUGACGAGGGCCAAGAUCCGCUGCCCAAGAACUGGGAAAUGGCCUACACAGAGACGGGAAUGGUCUACUUUAUAGAUCACAAUACCAAGACUACGACCUGGCUUGACCCGCGGCUGGCAAAGAGAGCUAAACCCCCUGAAAAAUGUGAUGAUGGAGAGCUUCCAUAUGGCUGGGAGAAGAUUGAAGACCCGCAGUACGGGACGUAUUACGUGGAUCACAUCAAUCAGAAGACUCAGUUUGAGAAUCCGGUGCUGGAGGCCAAGAAGAAACUCAGCCAAGACACGUCUCCAGUCAGCCAGCCAAUAGCAGCAGCCGCAGGAGCCGCACCGACGCCCAAAAAUGAAGCUGGUUUGAGGGGAUUCACACGAGACCCGUCUCAGCUGCAGGGGGCAAUCUUGCGCACAACCCUUAAAAAGAGUCCCCAGGGCUUUGGUUUCACCAUCAUCGGUGGAGACCGACCAGACGAAUUCCUGCAGGUCAAGAAUGUCCUAAGAGAUGGACCUGCUGCACAGGAUAACAAAAUCUCUUCAGGUGAUGUUAUUGUGGACAUAAAUAGCACAUGUGUGCUGGGAAAGACCCAUGCAGAUGUAGUCCAGAUGUUCCAGUCCAUUCCUGUAAAUCAGUAUGUGGAUAUGGUUUUGUGCCGUGGAUACCCAUUGCCAGAGGACACCAAUUCCAGUGAAGAGGGCACAGAGGACACAGUGACUGCCAUGCCACUAAUGGAGGGGCAGCCCAUCCAUUCAGAUGGCAACCCCUCUCCCCAGGAUCUCAAUUAUAUAACUGCUGACGGCAGACACCCGGCUGUUCCCAUGCCCUACGGCCACUAUCCAGAAGCAGGGGAGACCACUCUGCUGCAGCCCGAGCUGGUCAGUGUGCCAUUGGUGAAGGGGCCAAGUGGAUUUGGCUUUGCCAUCGCUGACUGUCCGCUGGGCCAGAAGGUGAAGAUGAUUCUGGAUGCACAGUGGUGCCGAGGCCUGCUGAAGGGGGAUGUGAUAAAGGAAAUUAACAGGCAGAAUGUACAGACUCUCAGUCACGCACAGGUGGUGGACAUCCUCAAAGACCUGCCCGUGGGUAGUGAGGUCAAUGUGCUGGUGCUCAGAGGAGGUCAGACCUCUCCCGUGAAGUCUCUCAAACCUAUCACUUCUGCAAUGCCCAUUACCCAGAAGCAGGACAUUGCCACCAGCUCCAUCAGUACUGAAUCUCCCAGUGCAGCUGAGCCAGCCCCCCAGUCCCUCCCCUUCCCUCCGCAUGUCAUGCGCUCCAACUCACCAAAACUGGACCCAUCUGAGCUCUACCUCAAGUCUAAAGCCAUGCUAGACAGCAAACCUCCUAACACUAAAGAGCUGGAUGUGUUUAUCAAGAGGAACCAGGAGACUGGAUUUGGGUUCAGAGUCCUGGGCGGAGAAGGGCCAGAUCAGCCAGUGUAUAUUGGUGCCAUCGUUCCUCUGGGUGCUGCAGAAAAGGAUGGCCGUCUCCGAGCUGGCGAUGAGCUCAUCUGUAUCGACGGUGUUCCCGUCAAAGGCAAAUCACACAAACAAGUUCUGGAGCUUAUGACCAACGCUGCCCGCAAUGGGCAGGUGAUGCUGACAGUGCGCAGAAAGCUCACUUAUCCAGAUAGAGAGGAAGAUUAUGGGGCACAGCCUCAGGCUCCACCGGCUCCUGCUUUGGUAAACGGCUCGCCCAAACCACCCCACAUCGAGGUGCCCGGCCACACCCACCCUCAGCCCUUUGACAUCACCCUGCAGCGCAAAGACAACGAGGGCUUCGGAUUCGUCAUCCUCACCUCUAAAAACAAGCCUCCACCGGGAGUUAUUCCACAUAAGAUUGGUCGGAUCAUAGAUGGCAGUCCCACGGACCGCAGCGGUCGGCUUAAAGUGGGUGACCGCAUCUCUGCAGUUAAUGGCCAGUCAAUUAUUGAGCUGUCACACAAUGACAUUGUGCAGCUUAUCAAAGAAGCAGGAAGUGCUGUUACCCUCACCGUGGUGCCUGAGGAGGAACACAGCGGCCCUCCGUCAGGCACGAGUUCAGCAAAGCAGAGCCCAGCCACCCAGCACAGAGCCGUGGGACAGCAGCCUGCCAACCGAGAUGACAGGAAUGGCAUGGAGACGGAGGAGAGGAAAGACAACAUAGCCAAAUCAGAGUACAAAUCCCUUCCUCAGAGUGAGAUGGGGACUGUCAUCACCUCAGGGCCAAAGCAGGGCUGUUACCCUGUAGAGUUAGAGAGAGGGCCUAGAGGUUUUGGCUUCAGUCUGCGGGGAGGGAAAGAAUAUAACAUGGGUCUCUUCAUCCUCAGACUUGCCGAGGACGGCCCUGCAAUAAAAGAUGGCAGGAUACACGUUGGAGAUCAAAUAGUGGAGAUCAACGGUGAACCCACACAGGGCAUUACACACACUCGGGCCAUUGAGCUCAUCCAGGCGGGAGGCAGUAAAGUGCUGCUGCUUUUGAGGCCUGGACUGGGCCUAGUGCCUGAUCAUAGUGGUAAGGAUAAGAUGACAGGUCCAUCUGCAAACUCUCCAAGAUAUUCUGCAUCAAGUGAGCCAUCAGCACCAGCAUCUCCAUCCUCCAUCACUCGCUCCACUGAGAUGAGCCCCACUUCAGCCCAAACUUCUAUGCCUGAGGAGCUCCUCGACCCGGUGGCUGCUUUUCCUGGGCAACUUCACCAACAUUACAGAGACGCCAAGCACCAAACUAGAAAGAGUGACUCAAGCAUGCCUCGUGACAACAAUGACAAUUUUGCUAGCCCUCGAAGAUUGGAUGUGUCACGCUCCGAUGGAAAGGACUGCUCACGAAGUCCAAAAAAACUGGAUACUGAUAAUUCUGGUCACAGGGAGAGAGAUCGAUCCUCUAGCCCUAGGAAGACUAUGAAGGAGCAGGACACUGGGAUCAGACAGGAUGUACUUCAAAAGGGCACUGAUGGACGAAGACACAAAGACGAGGACACUAUGCAAAGAAAGGACAGGGAAACAGGAAAGAUGAGGCCUGACGUCACAAGAGGUGGCAAUGACAGAUACCAGAAAGACAAGAUAGCAGAACCACAGGGGUCUCACUUACAGUCUGAAAGUGGCACCCUCAACCGGAAGGACCAUAGAGGAAGAGACAGGGACCCGAAAGAGAGCAGACCUGAAGAGGAACUAAAGAGUGAUCCUAGGGUUUCCAGCAGUGCCCCUCAAGAGACUUCUCACAAUGGGAACCCUACCACCAAGAAAGCCCCUAUAACUCCAGGCCCAUGGAAGGUCCCCAGCUCUACAAGGAUUCAACCUCCAGUGCAUGGAGUCUAAUGCUUUUUGGAUCCUGUUGGCAGUAGUGCUUAUGGCUCAUCAGGAUUGGCAGUGUAGUUAUGAUGGUCAAAAACUGGCUACAUGUGAAUCACUGUGUAACUUUUUUUUUUUAUGGUUCCUAUCUACACAUAGCAUCUACACUGAUAACAUGCAUUGUUUUAUUGAGUGUUCUGAAAAGAUGGUGCGUUUGUCCCAGCAACAAUAGCAGCCAUCAGUUUUGUUUUGUGCCAAUCAGACUGCAGCUACAGAGACUUGUCAAUGUCUCCUUGGUCCUGUGAAACCCUAUUGGGUGUGAUGAUGUUUGCUUUGUAAUGUCUGGAAAUAUGAAGGAUGUUUUUUUUCUGUGAAGGCUUAAAAUAAUAUGUGUACAGUCUAUUAUUCGUUAUUCGUAACUCUCCAACUUUGAUUUACCGCAUGCCCUUAGAACAACUUCAAAUUUCGAAUGAUGCAACGUUCUUUGUCUUUAUGAUCUUAAGAUCCAGUUCAAACAAGUGACCAGAGUUUGUUCACUUUGUGUGUAGCCUGUGCAUUAAUCAGCUUUGCAGUGAAUUUUUUUUAUCAUUUUCAAAGCUUGACACAUAUCCAUCUUUAAAAGACCAGACACUUGUGGUUAAGUACACUGUUUACUACCUGUGUGUUUAUUAAGACCUAUAUGUAAUUUAUUGAAAUAUUACAAUAUAAACAUGUACAUGUAUAGAAAGAUAGAUAUUUGUAUCCAUUCUGAGCCAGAUCACUUAUUAGUGUUCCAGCUUGCUGAUAAGACUUAAGGCUUCCUAAUAAACACAGUUUAAAGGUAUGUAUUUUUUCACAGUGCUAGAGCUUUAACAGUUAUUCUUGGUGGACCAUUUAGAAAGGUGGGUACAUUUGGGGGUAAAUUUUGGGAUCAUGUGUUUGGUCAUAUCAUUAGAAGGUAAAGCAGAACUUGGAAAAAAGCAGAAAUAUUUUUGCAUACUAUUCAGUCUAACAUACAUAUAUUUUUCUUAUUCUUAAGUAGAAUUUCCAUACAUUCACUUCUCGAUCAAAUGAAUUGUACUGCAUUGUGAUCCCAAUAUUGGGAGUUUAUUUUGACUUAAAGUGUCUUCGCACAUCUGUAACAUUCAGAUCAUCCUAUUAAAUGAAGUCUUAUACCCAAGGAAAAUGUAGCUCUUUGGAUCAUGUGUCCAGAAUCGCUGUUCAGUGUUUUCAUGAAAUGUAUCAAACAUGGUGAGCAUCAUUCAUGCAUUUCUUAAAGCCUCAAACAAUUGGCACAAAGAUUCAAACUAUAGAUAUAACUUUAAAGGGAUAGUCAUCCUAAAAUAAAAAUAAAAAUUUGUCAUUAUUUACACACACUCAUGUUAUUCCAAACCCGUAUGACUUCCUUUCUUUAGUGGAAGGCAGAAUGUUAGGGAUUGACAGCCACCAUUCACUUUCAUUUUAUGGAAAAAAAACAUGCAAUAAAAGUGAUUGGUGACUGAGGCUAACAUUGAAGAAAGGAAGUCAUACAGGUUUGAAACAAUAUGAGGAUGAGUAGUGAACCUUUGCUUUAAUGUCCUUUUUGGUAUCUGAUCUGUUUUUCAUAACGGUAUUUUUGCAAAUUGUGAGUCUCUUAUAGUCAUAUGGGCAGAGCAGACAUGAGUCAAACAUUGCACACAAUGCUACAAUGGCUAAGUGAUUCUAUGUUGACGUGAUGAAAAAUGUGAAUACUUUUUAAACAGUUUAUGAUUGCUUCUUGAUCAUUAAUCUCAAAGGUUUUUGUAGCUUGUUUCUCUAUUGCAUCUCAUGUUGUGAGGUUGUAUGUAUAAUACUGUGGCCUUGCAUUGCUUUAUCUUACACACACACACACAAAAAAAGCCUUGUGGUCUCUACAUUGUGGUAGUUGUAAAUGUUUAUAAAAAAAAUACAUUGUACAGCACCUGUAUAAAACCUGCCUUUGUGAGGGGAAAAGAAAAAAUAUAAAUAUAAAUCGCUCCAUUAUUUUUUUAAGUAAUUGAGAGUAUGAACAUAUAUAGAGAGAGAGAGGUAAAUUAAAAUAACCUGGUCAUGAUGUUCUGCUCAUGCACUGAUAAAUAAAGAUUUACUGAAAAUG